AUGCACACAGAAGAAGACGUGCUGAUCCUUAAUAAUUUUGAUGAUUUCUCGGACUUGGAGGACGAAGAUCUCUGUAAGAUAAGUCCACUAACGAAGGAACUGAGAAACCAGCUGGGUCUGGUCCACACGGACAAAGUUAAAUCGCUAACUGGAAAAAAAAGAUUACUCUUUUCAAUUGAAGUCCACAAAUCUAGCCUCACCUGCGAAAAAGUAGUCAAAUUCUUGAUGUCAAAUUCGAUUAACUCAAUCACAACUGUAGUCUUUAACACCCAACGGGACAAUCUCAUUUUCGUCGAAGUAAUUGUUACUGACAGCGUAAUAAACUGGUUACAUAAACUAAUGCUUAACCAUGUACCGCUGGCUGACGACACUGACAGUCAAUCAAACUUAUCCAUCAUAAAUCACCUCGCAAGAUACACGACUUUCAUAAAUGCACCUGAACUAGAUGACCUUGCUGCAUUACGCAUCUACUUACAUCUACGCCUAUGUCCACUAGUCGUUUCCCUGGAUCGCAAUUCCUUAAUCAAUCCAACCAGCAUCGAAUAUAAAUCAGCAAUCAUCGAGAUCCAACUCGAUGACUUCAAACUUUUUUCUUCUGGUAUCUCCUUCGGCUUCAUAAUCCUCAAGACAAUUAAUUUGCUACUGAGCAGUGACAUCAAGCUGUCAUCAAUAUUGGGUCUCAAAUUAAAAUUAGCCAACAAUAAAUUAAGAAACGGAAGAAUUGAUCUGAUCGUUGACUGGCAAAAUAAUGAAGUCGACAUCCAAAACCUAAUUAAAAUGAUAGGUAUACUAUGCGGCAAGUCCAGACUCUCGUCGAAUUCUCUUGCUAUUCUACCGAAAAACUUCCACGCGCAAAUGGUCAUCACACAAAAACAUCUAUUGGGUUCCUACUAUUAUGGACUCAUUGCGACACCUGAAAUUGAAGAACUGGAUGAAUUGCUCUAG